CUCUCUCUCUCUCUCUCUCUCUCAGGGACCCAAACUUGUUUCAGGAAAAAGCGCUUGAACAUAUUUUUUUUUCUUCUCUCGCUGGAAACAGGACAACCGUGUCCGUGCCAAGGAGAAGGCGUAGACUUCCUCCAAACAUUUCCUCCGCCAUCUCCACUUUCGAGACUCAAAAAGUUUUGUGGAAUCUUUGUAACGAGAGGCAGUUUGUUUGUUUCUUUCUUUUUUGUUUGUUUCUCUUGUCAUCCACCUCCACCACCUGGUUAUUUCAGAGAGGAUUUCUCCAUCUGGACUUUUUUUUCUUUUUUUUUUUUAGCAGACAUGGACUGGGGAACAGAUCUUUGGGACCAAUAUGAUCACCUCGACAAGCACACACAGUCAGGCCUCGACCUGGUGGAGCGUUACAUAAAGUUUGUGAAGGAGCGGACAGAGAUAGAACAGAGCUAUGCCAAGCAACUCAGGAGUCUAACAAAGAAAUAUGCCAAACGAGGGAGCAAGGAAGAGCAAGACUGCAAAUUCAGCAAUCACGGAUCAUUUCAGGAGAUCCUGAACGAGCUGAACGAUUACGCCGGCCAGCGGGAGCUCAUCGCUGAAAACAUGAUGACCGGCAUCUGUGUCGAACUCACCAAGUACCUUCAGGAUCUGAAACAGGAACGCAAAACACACCUGUCUGAUGCUAAGAAGGCCCAGCAGAAUUUAGAGACCAGCUUUAAACAUCUAGAAAGUACUAAGAAGCGUUACGCUAAGGAGUGGGGGGAGGCUGAAAAAGCCACACAACAAGCAGAGAAAACAGAGCACGACCUCAACGCCACCAGACUUGAUGUCGACAAAGCCAAGCAGCAUGCCCAUGCCCGCACACACACAGCGGAGGAGUGCAGGAACGACUACGCAGCACAUCUCCAGAAAUACAACAAGGAGCAAAACUUCUUCUACUACACAGAGAUACCGCAGAUCUUCAAUAAAAUGCAGGACAUGGAUGAGCGGAGGAUUCGGCGGAUGGCGGAAGCCUACUGCCAGUUUUCAGACAUCGAAAAGAAGGUGUUGCCCAUCAUCUCUAAGUGUCUAGAGGGAAUCUCUGCAGCAGGGAUGAAAAUUGAUGAAAAACAGGACUCGAUACUGUUCAUAGAGCAGCACAAGUCUGGUUUUGAGCGGCCUGGAGAUGUUGAGUUUGAAGACUACACCCAAGGAAUCAAACCAGCAACCUCUGACUCCAGCCUCAACCCACCCAAAGUGCGUGCCAAGCUCUGGCCUUUCAGCAAGAAGCACAAGAUAUCGCAUGCCGAAAAGCACACGCCGCAUGCUGCAGAGGAUUUCUCUCAUCUUCCUCCGGAGCAGAGGAAGAAGAGGCUGCAGGGGAAGAUUGAGGACAUCACCAAAGAGCUGCAGAAGGCACAGGACCAAAGUGAAGCACUGGAGAAGAUGAAGGGUGUGUACGAGCAGAAUCCACAGAUGGGAGACCCCUCCAGCCUGGAGCCUCAAAUCACAGAGACUGCCCAGAACUUAGGUCGCCUGAGGGGGGAGCUCGCCAAAUAUGAGACGUGGCUGUCAGAAGCAGUGGGAGGAGAGGAAUCGUCCAAUGCCAUCAAUAAUAAUACUCAACAUGGGGUUGUUGCAGCUGACCCGCCCCACAACAUCUACACAGAGUUUGAAGACGAGUUUGACGACAUCGAAAGUCCUAUUGGCCAGUGCACAGCUCUGUACACCUUUGAAGGCAACAGUGAGGGCACCAUUUCCAUUACAGAAGGAGAGCUGUUGAGUAUAAUGGAAGAGGAUAAAGGAGAUGGAUGGAUGAGAGUCCUUAGAGCCAGUGGAGAAGAGGGCUAUAUACCUUCAUCCUAUGUCAAACUUGGCCCGUAACACACACACUCAGAGCUUGUUAUAAAAGUCAAGAGCUAAAGGUGAAUACAAAGUCAUACAUGAUAAUUGGAGCUUUUCCCCAACGUCUUUUAUCUCUGCCUGUGACGUGUAUAGUGAGAUGAAAGUGAGUGAUUAUAAAGCUUGUUAUCGAGGCUGAUUGCGAUAUCAUACACUCCCUGUCUCUGCAGCAGGAGAGGCUGUCGCCAAACACAGACUGUCAGUGUCCUGUCUGAUCUUUAUAAAUUUAAGCUCUUUUAAAGCCAAACUUUUGAAUGUAUACCUGAACUUUUUGUCACAUGUAACUUCGACAUACUUUUCUUUAUGUCCAUAUAUCCAUUCACUUGACUUUCCCCACUCUAAUAACCUGCUGAACUUUUUCUUUUUUUUUUGUAACACCAGCCCUCUGCUAGAACCUCUUUCCUGACAGGAUAAUGUGAGUUUUUAUUGUUUAAUGACUUAUAACUGGAUGAAAACCACUACUCUAUAGGGAGUGUACAAAAUAGAAAUUCUCUCAAUGGACUGACUGUAAAGGAUAGGUUCACAUUUUUAAUGUCUGUCUGUAAAACAAGACACAGCUACCCGCUGUAAUCACUCCUGUUCAUACUGGCUCUGAAGAGAUCCCUUCCUUUAUAUAUUUCUAAGUGAUGGGGGACAAUAUGACAGGCCUUGUUCUGGGUUUUUCUGAAGCUAAUAUGACUCUUCUUUUAAUACUAUUGCUCCAGUACAUCUCAGCAGGAAAAUACUGCUUAAAAAAAAAGAGGAAUUUCAUGCAGAAAUGACUUUGAUAACUUAAUAUGCGUAACUCUGCUGCUGGAUUCUCAUAUUGGCUUCAAAAAAACCUCUUUUUUUUUUUUUUUUUUAAACAGAGAAAAAUGGCUGUGGAUUAUGUCCCCCAAUCUCUUACAUCGGAAGCACUUUAGGCUGUGUGAACCUAAUCUUUUAACUCCAUAUGUUAGUUUCUUAACUAAAGCGAAAUCUGCAAGGAAACUUGCUUUACGGUGUUUGUAUGAAUAUAAGACAUGGUGGAUAAAAUGCAAAGUAGAGGGCAGAUAGGGCAAUAAUGAUCAACAUUCAUGACUGAAUGACUGUUUGAGGUUUCAGCUUCAGAGAUCAUCAACUUGAUUAGUUGUGCAAGCCAGGAGUGGAUAACAAGCACUUAUGACGUCCUUGUCUUCACUUUUUGAAUUAUAACUUUGCACAAAAGUGUCAUUAACUGGUUCUUCUUUUAUGGUUUUAUAUUUCUCUCUAGAAACUGAGUUUACAUAUUUUAUCCACCUGUUUUUAUAUACUGAAUCUCACUUUUACUGGCCUUCUCAAAAUCUCUGAAACAAUGGACUUUAUUAAAAACCCUUACCAGAAAUCCAGAUGAUCUGUUCAGCCAAAAUUUUUAGAAAAGGAUUGACACAAAUUGAUUUCAAAGGGAGGAAAUUUCAGAUUUCAGUUUUGAGAUUCAGCGCCUCACGGGAUCACUGCCAAUGUUAAGCACUUUUUAAAAAAGUGUUUAAAGAUCUACUCCAGGCAUGUUUCAUGACGUAUAAAAAUACCCAUUGUAAAUAAUACUUUGUGUCUGAUACUGUUUUUCCUA